AUGGAGGUUGGUGGUUUAUUCUCCCUGAGAACCAAAUCGUUGAGUGGCAGCAAGCGGAUUAAAAUCAGCAGAGCGUGCGAUGAAUGUCGAAAGAGAAAGGUCAAGUGCGAUGGCGUUCAGCCUUGCGGUCGAUGUAGAAAAUCCAAUGCAGAAUGUGUGUUUGCUAAAUUGCCACCCAAGCGAGGACCUCCAAAGCAAUACAUGGAAAAUCUAGAGAACAGAUUGCAACGCGUUGAAAAGGCUCUCAAAUCCAUGGCCAACCCGAUUAAAAAGAUGUUUGAUGAGCAGCAGCAGCCGCCCUCAGACCAGUCUCAGCAGCCUGUUCUGUCGCUUAACGAUACUGUUUCCUACUCAGCGCCAUAUACCUCUGACAUGACCUUUACCAACAUGGAUCGGUUCACUAUCAACGAAAUAGGCCAAGCUGUGUAUGUCAAUGAUCUGAAAGAACGCACCGAUCGUAUACCCACUCUGCAGCAGCAACAGCAGCACUACCACCAUCAGCAACAACAGCAAGAGCACAGCAAUGAUACCCUCUCGGAGAUUGCCUCUUUGUCCGAUCAGUCAGUAACUGCAACAUCAGUUGAGUUACCUGUGCCCGAUCACCUCUCCUCUCGAGCGAUUCUCAAGGAGCUACAACCGCUGACAGAGAUUUACUUUGAGCAUGUUCACAAAUACGUGCCCAUGAUCCACAAGCCGUCAUUCCUGAAGCAAAUGCAUAGCACAACCAAUUCGCCAUCAAGGUUGCUUGUCUACGCCAUGUGUGCUGUUGCUUCCAGAUGGUCCCCAGACAUCAUUGCCAGCACAAACGCCACGAUACCCCCGGGAUAUACCUUUUACCAAAAAGCGCUUGAUUUACUGGAUGAGUUUAUCGAUUCCCCGCGCAUUAGCACAGUACAAGCGCUCGUGUUGCUCGUCAAAUACCAAGAAUAUCACCAGCGUCCAGGCUACUUUUAUCGAUCCUAUACCUACUUGCGCAUGGCAAGCCAAAUGUGCAAUGACCUUGGCCUCGGUCAGCUGGAAGGGGACUCAUAUGACAUUGAAGCCAAGCGUAGAACUUUUUGGGCUACCUUCAUGUAUGAUCUUUUAAUGAGUAUUGAACAAGGACAUGCUACUUAUUUUGACGUGCAUAAAUGUACUACAGGGUUUCCUUUGGUGACAGGUGAGGAAGGCCCCGCAUUGGAGGAGUUGAUCACCAAUCAGAACAUCUUUAUUCAAUUGGGAAAGGUGCUGUCUGAUAUCUAUGCUAUGGCCCGAAGAAUCUACUCUCGACAGCGUGCACAAGGCGACAGCAGAACCCAAGAUCAAAUCAUUGAGGAGCAAGCAAGGCUCUUUUCGUUGCACACACAUUUGGAAAACUUCUUGUACGAAGUGCCUCCGUCGUUGAUCUAUGCGCCUACCCAGGAUCUCGACAGCUACCCUGCUGAAAAGCAGCCUCUUGGUGAUCCAUUCAUUGGAUUCUUACACAUAACAUACCACUUCAGCGUCAUAUUACUGCAUCGCACAUACGCAACACAUCCACCACCUGAAACGGAGCACAAAUUUGUUGCUUUUCCACAUCGAAAACUGUGCGCCGUCUCAGCAUCAAACAUCACUGGCAUUGCAGACGUUUUGCUGGAAUCGUAUCCGAGAUAUGUGUUUAGUUAUCCAGCGAGAGGUGUGCAACAUACCAUCCACUGCUUGGCCAUGGCUUGCACUAUUCACAAGUACGAAAUGGCUCAUGCUGAUGAUAAAUCCAUGCGAGAAUCUGCCCGUCUACAAUACAUGUUGUCUGUGGACAUUAUUCAAAAGCUAUCCAGUCAGUCUCCCUCUGAGGAAUUCUCCAAGUAUUACAGCCAUCAAUCGACCACAGCUGAAAAACGCAUGUCUGCUCCUGUACAUCAUUACCACCACCAACAACAACAGCAACAACAGCAACCACAACAACUCAACAUGUAUAUACAACCGGAAAAGUCUAAAGUGCGAAGAAAUACACUGUCUUCAGUGCCCAUUUCGAUCAGUGAAUCUGCUGCCUUGUAUCAAUCCAGUGCAUCCAUUACGGAUCCCUCUCAAUUAGCAACACUGAUGGCUCAACAAGAAUAUGCCAGCUACCAACAACAGCAACAGCAACAAAUGCCCAUCUCGAGUUGGAGCCAACAACCACAACAGUCAUCAUCUCAGCACUCGUCUCCUCGACAACCACAGAUACAACUGACGCCUUCCCCUCAACAAGGUCAAUCGCCAAUGUACUAUGCAAACAGUAAAAGCACCUAUGAUACUCACAUGUAUCCUCCUCCUCACAAUCAAGCGGACAUGAUGCAACCUCCAAAUCAAACCCCCAAUUAUCUUUCUGUAAUACCGCCAAAUCAUCAUGGUGACAUGGCGAUAUCCCCCUCUCCCGCUGCUGAUAGUGGCAAUGCUAGUGUAGUUGGUAGAAUGCGUCGUCAUACAUUUUCAAAUUCGCCUCAUCAACAACGACAGCAACAACAUCCACAGCAGCAAGCACAGCAGCAUCCACAAGGUAGUUAUUAUUCUCCCAAUGUCACAGAACCUGUCGUGAUGGUGCAAAACAAAAUGGUCAUGCCAAGCGACAAGCAAUCACCUUACAACGUCAUGGUAUCACCCAUCACCUCGGGUAUGGGCAUGAUGAUGACACCAUCCAGCAGAGAUGAAGAUGCAAUCAUGAUGGAUCCCAACAAUCCUGCUAUUACCGCUGCUGCUGCUGCUGCUGCUGCUGCUGCUGCUAUGAAUGCUGCUAAUAUAACUUCCACACUGCAUUCUCAUCAUCAUCAAUACGAUCCUACAUCUGGCAUGAGUCAACUGUACCUGACAGAUGAUCAGCAACAGCAACAGCAACAAAUAUCCUGGGAAGGAUCAAUUAUUUCAGAUUCUGGAAGUGUACAAAGAAGUGAAGGUCAUGUCAUGAAGUGA